CCCAGAAUUACAUCAAAAUAUCGUAAAUUCAAAAGGUGUGGUCCUCUUCACCAAUAUCGAGUCCUCGACGAUAGUCGUUACCCUGGUGGAAGACCAAUGAGCCGUGACGAUCACAUCAAUUUACCCGUAUCUCUACACAUUGAACGUCACGAACCAUUAUUAACCGCAACAGGAGUCGUGUUCGUCUCAUAUAUUUCCCCUUCAAGAGCUCGGACCGUGCUGUCGGGUCUGCGGAAUCCCUAUAACGCAAUCUCUCGCCCCACACCUUAACACUUCACAUAAUAAUCUAGAAUUCAACCACACCUGAACAUUGACAAAAGCCCCCUACGCAACGCUAACUGCGCGCAUCGUGUGUGACAUACCGCUCAAUGCAAAUCCACCACCAGCUCAAGGCCUUCCACCGCCGCCUCGAAAAACAAGAAGUUCGGCGAGCCCGCUUCGUCGCCCGUCUCCCGUCUCACCAAUCCCAAUCCAUCCGCGUCGAAACACGCCCCAUUCGCGGAAAAACCGCGAUUCCAUUAUACAUAACAAUCUCCACCGUGCUGCAGGAAGUGUGCAUGCUUCCCCAACCCACGGGCCCGGUAUUCUGCCUUCCCGUUCAUUAUGCCGCUACACCGUUGUAGGUAUAGGAUCCCCUCCCCGAAGCUCCCCGUGCGCCCACGAGAAAUUGGCUUCUGUAUGCAGCAUGCACACUUUUGGUGCAUUCUCUCAUAUAGUCUGCCGCAAAAAGGGACAAGCGGUUCCUUCGGCGCGCUGGGGCUUGCGUUCAAAUUGCUCG